GAGAAGCGGCGGCUGCAGGAGGAGAUCCGCGCCGCGCGCCGGGAGCUGGAAGAGGAGAAACUCCGCGUGGAGCGGCUCAAGAGGAAGUCUCUCCGGGAGCGUUGGCUAAUGGACGGGGCAGCCGAUGAGCGGCAGCAGCAGGAGGACUCCACCUCUAAGGACCCCGAGUCACCCGAGGUCCAGGCUCAGGCCCGAAUCCGGAACUUGGAAGACAGUUUGUUCACACUCCAGUCCCAGCUGCAGCUGUUGCAAAGUGCGUCCACAGGUGCCCAGCACAAGUCAGCGGGCAGGCCCACCUGGCGCAGACAGGGCCCGCGACCUCUCUCCCAGCCUCCCCUGGAGCCAGGUCCCACAGGCCAUGCUGAUCUGAACAAGAGAGCCUCCCUACCUGCUGGGCUCGUGGACACAUCCCCCGAGUGUCCCUCUGAGCCCAGAGAGGCUGUCAGAGUUCCCCCCGCCCUGAGGCUGUUCCCUGGGGCAGCAGGGACCCCCUCAGAAGCCAAUGGCCCCUGCCCCGGUCCCAGCCCCCCUCCAGAACAGGGACCCAGUCAGGGGCCCACAGCAUCGGAGGGGGGCGUGGGUGAGGCCAAAGGAGGGAGUGUGGUGAAGGUGGUAUGGGAGGGGCUGAGGGCCACAGAGGACUAUGCCACGGAGGCCACGGGCCCAGAGCUGGAGGCCAAGGUGGAGGAGAUGGUGCUGGAGGCCAUUGGGGACAGGCAGGAAGCCUCCUGCGCAGAGCUCCCGUCCUGGGUGAAGGAGGACAGGGGCGUCGUGGAAGUGGUCUGGGAGGGGGUGGGCGGGCCGGGGAGCAGCGAAGCAGAGGCCACAGGGGAGGGGGGCGGGGGCCAGGAGGCCGCACAGGCCAGCUCCCCGAGGCCCCAGGUGAGGCCAGAGGGAGCAGCUCCUGGAGAAGGAGGUGUCCCCAGGGGCAGCCCUGAUGGUGACGGGCCAGGGGGCUCUGGAGGAGACGAAGGGUCCUUCAUUUGGGUGGAGAGGGUGACCCUCAGCGAGGAGUGGGAGGAGCUGGUCGUGGAGGGGCUGGAAGGGCCCAGGGCAUGGGGAAGGGGGGGAGGGCCUGGGAGUCCGCUGUGGGGGGAGAGGGGGUCAGGAGAGGAAGCCUGGGGGGCGGGGGGGAGCCUAGCAGAGGAAGCAGGGGAAUUACUGGGCGCAGGGAAGAAAGGGCCAGAGGAAGAGACAGGGGCAGACAUGUCUCCGGUGCGGGAGAGGGGGAGAAGCGAAGACUCUUUGGAGCCAGAGAGGAGAGGAGGGGAGGGAAGGCUGAGGACAGAGAGGAAAGCAGUUGAGGAAGCAGCGCCAGCCACAGGAAAGGCAGUUGAGGGACCUCUGAGGGCAGAGAGGGAAGGAGGUGAGGAGCCAUUGCAAGUAGAGCAGAAAGGAGAUGAAGAAGAACCAGAGGCAGCUGAAGAACCAUUGGUGACAGAGAGAAAAGGAGGCGAAGAGUCCCUGGAGGCAGAGCGAGCAGGAGGGGAGGGGCCCCUGGAGGCGGAGAAGACCGAAGUGGUUGAGGAAGAGCUCAGUCCAGGGGAGCAGAGAGAGUCGGGGAGAGGACAGGAAUGUCAGGCAAAGGAAGGGAGUGAGGCAGAGUCAAGGCCAGAAGAGGAAGGACCACAGCCCCAGGAGAAGCAGGAAGGCUCCCUGGAGGAAGAAUCUGUAAGGCCCCAAACGCCUGCUGAGGGCCAGGGCCCCUCUGGGGACGCCACCCCCCUGCUGGCGGAGACCCCAGCUCCAGAGCAGCCCGCCGAGUGCCAGCCACUGCUUGCCGUGGAAGGGCCCGGGGCCAACCCCAGUGCCCGCCCCGUGCCCACCUACGCACCUGCCCGGCAGCCCGAGCCACCCGCCCCUCCCGAGGGGGGAGAGGCAAGUGGCCCCAAGCAAAAGACGUGCCAGUGUUGUGUGGUCAUGUGAGCCCACACCCUCCACCCGGCGCCCAGCUCCUCUCACAGCUACCUCGGCCUCUUGGCAUCCAGUAGCGGGUCCCGGGCACAGACAGGGCACCACGGAACUGACUGUGGCACCCGGGAGCCAGCUGGCCCGCACGCCCACCUCCACCCGGGCUUCCGGACCCCUCGCCCACUGCCUGUGACCCUG